AUGCCUUUAAGAGUGCGAAAUCUAUUGGCGACGAUUGGCAAUGAACGUAUUCUUAAAAUCCAACUUGGUCGUACACCUGUUCAAGGUCUCAUUGUUAAAGUGCUCAAUUUUUUGAGUGAUUCGAAGUUUUCCGAGAAACAACUUGAACUUGACUACGAUGAAAUCUAUCACAAUUAUUUACUUAUUACUAUUCAGAAUAGCACUGGGCCCGAAGUACUACGACAUAUACUCGGAAAUGCAAGACACUAUGCAGUUGCUAGCACUGUCCUUAAACUUGAGAAAACACAACGCGUUGCCCUCGGUUAUCCAACGAUACCCGAUGACUUGAUCGAUUUGUAUGAUAUUCCAAUUACGCCAAAUAAACUUUUGACGCUCAAUCAACUAAUUUCUAUGGCAUCGAAUGUCGAUAAAAAUUUUUACAAAUAUGAUGCUGCUACAAAUAAUAUGUGUCAAACAUUUGUUGAAAACAUUAUUGAAAUCAAUGGUCUCAUGCCUAAUAUUCAUGACCAAGCCACAUUAAAUGCUCUCAAACCACAGGAUGGAAAAGCAUUGAUCGCUACCCUCGGUAGUCGAUCUAAUCUUGUCAAAGCUGCAAUCGAUUUGGGUAGGGAAUUAGACAAAUUAGUAUUCGAUCAUAAAAUUCGAUGGAAAAAGUCGCCACCAAAAGAUUUUGCUUCAUUGCCAAAAGUAAGUGGAGCUGAUUCGGAAAGUAUUUACACUAUGUACAAUGCGAUUCUUUUGCUCGAACAGAAUGCACGAGGUUUGCUUAACGCGGCAUCGCCGAUUAAAUAA